CCCAACAAUCAUCAACGACUUUUGCCUCACUUUCUAUCCUGUGUCAAAACCUUUAGGAUUGAGCUGAGCGCACCUACGGCGGCGACUCUGCUGCGGCGAUUCAAGCGACAACAUCUUCGAUGAUACUGAUACGUCGCCAUGGCGCACCCACAUCCCCGCCGUGACGACUUCCGCAUCGCCAUCAUUUGUGCACUGCCGCUCGAAUACGAUGCCGUCACCUUCGCUGUCGAUGAGUUCUACCCCGAAUACACGAGUAGCUCCGGCAACCAUCAUGCAUACAAGACCGGCCGGAUCGGAAGCCACAAUGUCGUCCUGCUGCUGCUCCCCAACAUGGGGAAGGUUAGCGCGGCCAGCGCAGCAGCCAGUCUCCGAUCGAUCUAUAACGGGAUAGAACUGGCCAUUCUGACAGGGAUCUGCGGCGGUGUCCCCAGUCAAGGGAACAACAAUGAGGUUAUGCUUGGGGACGUGAUCAUCAGCAAAAGUAUCGUGCAAUAUGACCUCGGGAGGCAGUACCCCGGAGAGUUUGCAAGCAAAGACACCGUGGAAGACCGCCUCGGUAGACCAAAUAAGGAGAUACGUCACCUCAUAUCUACACUUGAGACCCGUCAAGGCCGCCGAGAUCUCCAGCGGCGGGCCGCAGAGAUCUUGACAGAGAUACAGCAAAAGGCUGUCGACGAUGGGGAGGAGGCGCUGUACCAACAACCACCAUCCAAAGAAGACCUCCUCUUCGAACCAGACUACCUCCACAUGCACCGAGAUCAAAAACAAGAUUGCGGCUGCAGCGAAUUAGGGGCCUGCAGUGCGGCCCGCAACGCGUCAUGCGAAAAGCUUCAAUGUGACGAGAGGCGCCUCGUGCCACGAAAGCGCCUCAUUACGGGCCACCAAAGAAAUGAAUGUCUAACCCGCGACCUCCAAGUCUUCGUCGGACGCAUUGGAUCAGGCGACACGGUGAUGAAGUCAGGUGCGGACCGCGAUAGGAUCGCAGCAGAGCACGGCCUCGUUGCCUUCGAAAUGGAGGGCGCCGGGGUAUGGGACGAGAUUCCCUGUGUCAUUGUCAAGGCGGUCUGUGACUAUGCGGAUAGCCACAAGAACAAGAGCUGGCAGAACUAUGCAGCAGCGACGGCAGCGUCUACAGCGAAGGCGCUUCUAGAGCAUUACAACGGCACCAAAACCAGGAGUGACACCCCUAGGUCUCCUAGUAGGCACUUUGUUGUUCCCUACAACGAAAACCCGGACUUUGUUGGUCGAGAUGGGGCUCUGAAUCUUCUCAAACAACAAUUCGGCCAUGACCCGCAGCAGAGCACAGCAAAGACACGGUCUCGAGUCGCACUGCAUGGCCUGGGCGGUGUCGGCAAAACGCAGAUAGCGCUGGCGUACGUCUAUUGGCUCAAGGAGAGACGGCCCGAUAUUUCCGUCUUUUGGGUUCAUGCUAGCAACGCACAGCGUUUCCGUGAGGCUUACGCUUCCAUCGCCGAAGCGUGCAACAUUCCUGGACGCGACGACCCUGCUGCCGACUCCUUGUCCCUCGUCAGGGAAUGGCUCCAGAAAGAGGGAAACGGCGCUUGGCUCAUGGUGAUUGACAACGCCGAUGACACAAAUGUGUUUUUCCAGACACAAGAAGCCUCCCACGCCGACGCGAUAGCAAAGGACUUCAAAGACGAAGACAAACUGGGACGCUUCAUCCCCGAAUGCAGACAUGGGUCAGUCCUCAUCACCACGAGGAACAAACAAACCGGCUCCAGACUUGCGCCAGGGAAGCCCGCAACCAAGGUCGAUAGUUUGACAGGCGACGAGGCAGACGAAAUGCUCCGCUCGAUGCUCGAGGCUUCAGAUGGUGCAAUCUCCACCGAAGACGCAUCCGCUCUCGCUUCUCGACUGGAGUAUCUUCCGCUCGCACUGGCCCAGGCGGCGGCGUUCAUCCAGGAGAAUGAGAUAUCGAUACGCCAAUACGUCAAUUUGUUGGACAAGAGUGAUACCAGUCUUGUGAACCACCUCAGUCAACCGUUUGAAGCUGUCGGGAGGGACUCGAGCACGCCGCACGCCCUUACUGCGACGUGGGUCAUCUCUUUUGAGCAGAUUGAGAAACAGAGCGCCGUGGCCAGUGAGCUGUUAUCGCUUAUGAGCUUCUUUGACAGACAAGCCAUACCGAGCGAGUUUGUCAACGACUACUGCAUUCGGAAGCGGACGGAAGACCCAGCAGCUGAUACUGAGGGUGCUGAAGACAUGGAGAUCAUUGUAACGAAAGCACUAGGAACCCUUAAGGCGUUCUCCUUCAUUAUGGAAACCAAGGACCAAAGCCUGGACAUGCACCGACUCGUACAAGCAGUGACACAGAAAUGGCUCUUUGGCAAACAACGGACAAAUCAAUUCGCCAAGCGAGCUCUUCAGAUUGUAUCGGAUGCUUAUCCGUACGGUCAACACGAGACCCGCGAGGUAUGCCGCAAGUAUCUCCCACAUGCUUAUGCUGUGCUUCGCUUCACAAGUUCCAGGUCUCAAGAUGAGGACAUUGCAAGGGCAAAUCUACUGCACUGCGUCUCAGCUUAUCUUUAUUACCUAGGGCAUUGGAAAGAGACGGAGAAAAGACUAGUCCAAACGUUAGAGCUCAGAAGAAGAAUUCUAGGAGAAGAGAACCUCGACACAAUCAUGACUAUCAACAACCUGGCUAUCACGUACCAAGAGCAAGGUCGGUUGGAGGAGGCAGAAAGUCUCCAGGGUAGUAUUCUAGAGAUUUGCAUGAGAGCGUUUGGAGAGGCGCACUAUAAUACGCUUACUACUAUGAACAACAUAGCAAUCACGCACCGACAGCAAGGCCGGUGGGAGGAGGCAGAAAGACUCCAAGGCAAUCUUUUAAAGAUUUACAUAAGGGUGUUCGGAGAGGAGGAUCCUACGACGCUUAUUGGCAUGAACAACCUAGCAGUUAUGUACCACGACCAAGGCCGAUGGGAGGAAGCAGAAAGACUCCAAGAUAGUGUUCUAAAAAUUCGCAGAAGGGUACUUGGGGAGGAACACCCAUAUACACUUAGCAGCAUGAGGAACCUAGCAACCACGUACUGGCAUCAAGGUCGGUUAGAAGAAACUGAGGACUUGGAGGUGCGAGUUUUGGAGAUAAGUAAAAAGCACGUACUGGCAUCAAGGUCGGUUAGAAGAAACUGAGGACUUGGAGGUGCGAGUUCUAGAGAUAAGUAAAAAGGUGCUUGGA